AUGGCAUCAUAUGAGUCAACAUCAUCGUUAUUGAUCCCUCCUAAUCCUUCACUCUCACCCACCAAACCAUCCGCUUCGAUACUCUUAAACGGUACUGGACGAGCUCUUACCACAGUCAAGAUCUCAAGCCCACCACGGAUCACCACACCACUUCCACAAUCACCUCCACUCACCUCAUUCCCUCUUCCGUCUUCGUCAGCUUCUUCAUCACGCUCAGCUUCCUUCUCUUCCACUAGUUCUCCACAUCCACCUUAUCUCACUUCUAGGAGGCUGUCGACGCCCAAAAUAUCGUUCGCACCACUACCCACCAUCCCAAAUGAACUGAAAAGACGAAAUUCAAUUAGUAUCGGAGUAGCUUCUCGCAAAAAUCUACUAGCAGGAGGCGGAGGUGGCUCAGGUGGUUCUGGGGUGAACAAGGUAGUCAUGACCGAUGAAGACUGGGAAAACUAUAAGAGGAAGUUUGAUGAAAAGAGUGGAAACGACCCUAUCGACCUUGGCGCAGUUGCAAAACAAGGUGCUAAAGCGUUAUGGGGAAAAGUCAAGCGAAGUCGGUCUAUAUCUCCUUCACCUGGAUCUUCAGUAUCAUCGACCGCUUCAUCGUCCUCCAGAACAAGUCCAAGUAUUAUACCGUCUGGCUUCGUCCUUGCAGCCUCUGAUUCAAUGACCAGUCUCGAUACAGUAGAAGAGGACGAGGAACAAUAUGAACCUCUGCGUGUUGGCAGAAGAUCUCCCCCGCCCUCACAUAAAUUACGUACUAUACCUGGAUCACCGCCGCCGACGGAUAAAAGUAUGGAAAUUGAUUCUUCACCCAGUACUAUCACCAGUACCAUAUCAGAUUCUGGAUCGGAAAUGGGAGACCAAGAGGAUACAUCUGAAGUGAAUCUGAUGCCGUCUUAUACACCAGGUAACAGGGUGGCAGCUUCAGAAGCAUCGUCAACAGUGAAGAAUAGGCUACUAGACUUAGCAGGGAACCAAGAGGACGGAGAUGCUACACCGAGACGAAGGCCCUCGCCGCCACCAAGACGAGCAGAUAUCGAGCCCUUGGAAGAGGAAGAAGGAGAUGGUGGCACGCGCACGCCAGGACGGCUGAGUAGAGCAAGUCAGUGGGAAAAAGAACACCACGAUAAAAAAGAUCGGAUUGAAAUUCUUGGCUUUGAUCCUGAAAGAUUUGGGAGAGCCUUGGAUCUUGCCUCAAAGAAUGGAGAGGUUGAAAGGGCAUGA